AUGCGUGAUAUUACUAAAGCGCAACGCAAGCCGCCACCGAAUGGUCGUGUCAAGUUACGCAAGGCCGCCCUCACAGGAAAGGGCAACUCGAAGAAUAAGACGAGCGAUGCGAAAACGCUUGACGCUAGUGCACCCGAGGGUCACUCUGGGGAACCGGGAGAUGAUGAAAGUGCAACUGGCAACAUUGCAUCCCACAUAAGUGUCUCUACGAUUAAUGGGAGUACUCCAGGUACUCCUGACAGGUGCUUGACAGAGGUCCAGAAACCCACGCCUCUUGUGGACUUCAAGCUAGACCAACACCCGCUCGAUGUGUUGUAUCAAAGCUUGGCAGGAACAAAUAGAUUUCCAGCGUACAGCCUGGCAUACGCCGUGACGCAGAAUGUCAAGGUCAACCAUGCGCCAGGAAGAAGUUUCCUGUUUCCGUUUGCGUUCAAAGAAGCCCCUUUGUACCACAGAAUUCUCACCGGCCAACAAGUAGCAGAGAUAGUACGGUCGAGUCCAGAGAAAAGUAUCAUGAUAGCCAUCACACAGUUCACAGAGGUAUUGAGAUGCAUAAGAAAGAGAUUAUCUCAUCCCGACUUGGACAUGGCCUUAUCCGAUGACACCAUUAUGGCCGUUAUUGACUCUAUCUGCUACAGUUUUGCGUUAGAAGACUUGACUCAGGCACGCUGUCAUCUUGAAGGAUUGUAUAUGAUGACACAUUCAAGAGGCGGAUACAGCAGUUUCUCAAAGAAACCUGACAUUCAACAAAUGAUGUUCUGGAUCGAUGUCACGGCAGCUAUAAUUUUUGAGCGAAUUCCACGGUUUCCUCUACCAGCGACUCUCCUCCCCACUCCUCCCCGAACCGGGACAUCUGCAAUUUGGGAUCUUUUGAUCUUAGUCAAAGAAACUGAAUGUCAGUCAGAUGUUGAACAGAAUGAGCUCUUCGACGCAUUGAAAGAAGUCUCGUCGAUUGCAAAAACCAUCGAAUCGGAACUGUUUACAAGAGGCGACGCUGCGUGGCACGAUGCAGUCUUCUUAAGCUGUUUAGUCCAUCCAGUAGCUCAUCGCCUGCUUUCCACAUUAGAGCAAGAUUGCGAAAAGCAACACUUGCCCAUCUCUACGUCUAUUCGCUUUGGGAUCGCUCUUUUCAUUAUUAUACUUAAGCAACAGUCUCGAGCAUGUCCCGCGCCAUCGACGCCAUAUGUUGCGAAAGCUGUUGCUGCAUUAUAUUGGGAUAUCCCCAAUAUCCCUUCACACAUGUCCUCAAGUCUUUUUACAUUGCAAUUGUGGCUUCUGCUACUCUGUACAAUUGCAUAUCCUGACACAACUCUUCUUCCUGAGAUUCAGAUGAUGAUUGCGAGAAUACAGAAGCAGUCAAAUUUGAACUCUUGGGAUGAGGUCGCAGCGACAGCUCGACUGAUGCCAUGGAUUAGCAAGUUUGAGUCUUGUAAAGGCUUCGGUGAUUAUUUAUUAGAUGAUUUAGACUAA